GACUGUGUUCAGACAGAGUACAGAACCGUCCUGUGCUCAGACUGUAAUCGCGUCUGUCGCUCCCAGAGCUGCUUAGUUAGACACAAGCAGCCUGUCAAGAGACCGCGGGGUCAAAAAUCAGUCAGUCAGUGCCAGCUGUAUAAACGGUGCGACAAAUGCCUCAGAUUGUAUUACAUCCCCGUGUCUGUUGAAAUGAAACCUCACGUGUGUCAAGCUAUAAAAUGUAAAAUCUGCGGCGAAUCCACAGGGGACCCAUCGAUCCCCCAAAACAGAAACACCCACCUGUGUUACAUACAACCCAUUAAACCGUCCGAGGACCAUUCAGAAAAAAUAAUAUUUUACGAUUUUGAAACGUUUACGGAUGAACAAGGCGUCCACAUUCCUUUUUUGGUCUGUGCUAAAUCGCUACAGGGUCAGAGGUGGCACUCUGAAGGGGUGAAUUGCGCCAAAGAGUUUGUGCUGAGCUUUAGGAGACCGAUGUAUCAGAAAGCCAUCUUUGUAGCUCAUAAUUCUAAAGGUUUUGACAGCUAUAUAGUACUCCGAGCCAUGGUGGAGCUGGGCCUUAAGCCCUCUCUCAUUAUGCACGGGAGCAAAAUACUCUGUUUCACAGACCCUGACUACAACCAGCGAUACAUCGAUUCCCUGAGUUUUCUCGCUAUGCCUCUCGCUGCCAUGCCUAAAGCUUUAGGUUUCCCUGACAAAAGCAAAGGUUUUUUCCCACACGCUUUUAGCUCUUUGAAUCAUUUAAAUUACAUCGGUCCUUACCCCCCUCCUCAGGAUUACCACCCGGAGAGAAUGAAGCCUGAAGCCAGGCGCGAAUUCAUGGAGUGGUACGAGACCGUGCGCGGAGGAAUUUUCAAUUUUAAACAGGAAGCUCUCUAUUACUGCCAAAACGACGUAGAUGUGCUGGCGGAGGGAUGCACAAUAUUCAGAAACGGAUACAUAGAGGAAACAGGCGUGGAUCCGUUCAGUUCAUGCACGAUUGCCAGCGCUUGUAUGAAAACAUUUGCCUGUAACCAUCUGCAGCCUAAAACCUUAGCCAUACCGUCGCCAGAUCAUUACAGCCGACAAUACAAAAGCUAUUCACACGCCAGCAUCCAGUGGCUGGAGUGGGUGUCUCGUGACCGAGGCGUCUUUAUUCAGCACGCUUUGAACGCCGGUGAAAAGCGGUUGGGGCCGUAUUUUGUGGACGGCUACUCAGAGGUCGGAGGUGAUAAAUAUGUGUGGGAAUUUCUGGGUUGUUUUUAUCACGGCUGUCCCUCCUGUUUUCAGCCUCACGAGACCUGUUCUCUGACGGGGCGAUCGUUUGGAGAGUUACACAGCGAUACCGUGGCUAGAUUAAACGCGUUAGAGACUAAAGAAGGGGUUAAAGUGGUGGUUAUGAGAGAGCAUAGCUGGGAUGAAAUGAAGAAAUCAAAUCCCUCCGUCAGGGCUUUCAUGCAAGAUUAUCGAGCUCCUGAGCCCCUCCACCCCCGCCAGGCUCUGUACGGGGGCAGAACGUGCGCGAUCAGGCUCAGGUAUUCAGCAGCAGCGAACGAGAACGUGGAAUACGCUGAUGUCACCUCACUCUAUCCUUAUGUCAACUGUAGCUUUCCCUACCCGCUAGGUCACCCUAAAAUAAUUCACACAGCUUUUAACAGCCCUCAGAGCUACUUUGGGUUCAUCAGGGCUGUGGUCUACCCUCCCAGAGGGUUAUUUUUCCUUGUUUUGCCUUACAGAACCGGCUCGGGUAAGCUGGUGUUUACACUCUGCCGCACCUGCGCAGAGCUAAACAAUCAGCAGGGUGCUUGUAACCAUGACGACGAGAGCCGCGCAUUGACAGGUGUCUGGGUCACCCCCGAAUUUAACAAAGCUUUGCAGAUGGGUUAUCGAGUGGUUAAGGUGACCGAGGUGUGGCAUUUUGAGAACCGGGACGACUCUGUAUUCGUAGGAUACAUACACACUUUUCUUAAGGGCAAACAGGAGGCUUCAGGAUAUCCUCCUGAAGCAAAUGACAGCGCCAGCAGGCAGAGAUACAUCAUGGAGUAUCACUCUCACCAGGGCAUUCUGCUGGAUGAGAAUAAAAUUCAUCCUAACCCCGCUAAAAGACAAAUCUCCAAAUUGUGUCUCAACAGCUUCUGGGGGAAGUUUGCUCAGAGAAACAAUCUGCGUCAGACGGCUCUGGUCACCGAACCAGAAGAAUUUUUCAGCUACAUGUUCUCUGAAAAAUACAAUGUAAAUUACUUCUCUUUCCUCGAUGACAGAACCGCUCUGGUUCAGUGGACCCACGGCGGUCGUUAUAUAGCCCCGCCUAACAAAAACGAUAACGUUUUCAUAGCUGCUUUUACCACAGCGUACGGACGAUUAAAGCUUUACGAGUAUUUAGAGGAGCUCCAGGGGAGAGUUUUGUACUUUGACACAGACAGCAUAAUUUACGUCACCAAACAGGGAGAGAACCGACUAAAAUACGGAAAUUAUCUGGGGGACUUAACGGACGAGUUAGACGGUGACAGCAUAGAAGAAUUCGCAGCCGCGGGUCCUAAAAGUUAUGCUUAUCAAACCAGAAACCGUAAAAAAGUGGUGUUGAAGGUGAAAGGUAUCACUCAAACUCGAGAAUGCUCUGAAAAAGUAAGCUUUGACAGCGUGAGAGAUCUGGUCGAUGGCUUUCUGCAGCAGCACGAGGUGCUGCGGCGGUCUCUGACCCCUCAGCAACUCCAGCGUUCAGAGGAAGGGGGGUUUAUUGACACCCCGCAGCAGGGCAUCGUUAGAGAUAAAAACGGGUUUGUCCUAAAAAACUCUUCAUUUAGCAAAAGGUUUAGGGUUGUGUAUGACAAGAGACGGUUGCUGCCUAACGGUCAAACAGAGCCAUUUGGGUUUUAAUUUUUGUAUUAAAUUUUUUUUAUACAAAAAUGUCGCAGGAAAUAGAUUUCGAUCCUAGAUUAUGUAUGUCUUUCUCAGCUAUCAUAGUCGGGCCUUCGGGCGCGGGAAAAUCUUUCUUUGUGAAACAGAUUCUCCAACACCCCAAACAUGUUUUGAAUCAAAUGCCUGAGAAUAUUGUCUAUGUGUACACCUCCUUUCAACCCAUGUACGCUGAACUGCAGAGAACCAAUAAAGAGAUUAAAUUCGUUGAA